AUCCUGGAGAGAAAAAACGCUCCAGGGCUAUACAUCGUCAUAAAGGCUACAAUCGGUCCUCCGAUCAUCAACCUCAUUAAUGAGGCCAGCACGACGGCUAGCCUAAACAUGAUAUCCUGGAAUAAAGCCUACUCACUACUCCCGAUUCCGACUAUUGUGCGUCACAAGUUCUACCCUUUGACGCCUUUCAACAGUGCACUCGGUCAAACACUUCGACGACAUGCCAAAUUAGGAUGGACAACUCGCGAUAUGCUUUGGCCGGAUCAAACAAAAAAAUUCAUGACCGGAAAUGAGUGCCGUCGAAUUGGGGGAACCAGGUCGCUGGUUAUAAACCUUAGGGAUGUACCUCCUGGAGAUUACACUCCUGAUCAUGUCCUUGAUAGAAGUGUAUUUUCUGUCGUGUGGGAAUCGAGUGGUGAUAGCCGGCGCGUAUCGGCCAGUAUACAACCUGGGGUAGAGUUCACUGCACUACGAGAUGUAUACGCAAACGGUAGGCGUGGUCAGGGUUGCAAAGCUUGGGAGAAGUUCUUGCGCGGGAAACUAGAGCGUUGGAUCUUUGUUGAGAUUGCCAAGAUGAGCCAGCAGCAGCGGCCACCAGGGUUCUAUUUCAUGGCGCCUAGCAACUACCGUGUCUCUAUUCCGUCUGGUUAUCAAGUCCCUGACACGUGGGACUAUGCAGACGAUCAAAUAAUCCCAUGGUUUCAGGAGUGGGACAGCACCGAGGGAAAUAGUUAUAGA